AUGAAAGGCACCACUGUCGCUAUCGCUCUCGCUCCUUUGGCAGCUGCUAAGCAGCUUGUCUGGCCUUCGAAAUGGGAUUGGGUUGAGGAUCUCCAGAACAACCUCGCAGGAUACAACAGGGCGGGAUUCAUGGAUGCCAUCGUUAGUUGUGAUUUCGGAAACAAUAUCGAAGGAAGACAAAACUCAGCCGAAUGGAUCCGAACAGCUUUCCACGAUGCUGUCACUCACGACAAGGCGGCUGGUACCGGAGGUGUCGACGGUUCCAUUUUCUGGGAGCUUGCCCGUGCCGAGAACAAGGGAGAUGCCUUCCAGAACACUUUCAGCUUCUUCAGUGGUUUCCACAACCAGCGAGUUAGUGUCGCGGAUCUUAUUGCUCUAGGCACCGUUGUCGCUACUGGAGGUUGUGGCGGUCCUCAGGUUCCUUUCCGAGCUGGUCGUGUCGACGCCUAUAAGGCUGGACCCGCAGGUGUUCCUGAGGCUCACACCAACCUGAAGGAUACCUUCGCCCGCUUCACAAAGGCCGGCUUCACCAAGGAGGAUAUGACUGCUCUGGUUGCUUGUGGUCACGCUGUUGGUGGUGUUCACCACGUUGACCACCCUGAGAUCACAGGUCACGAGGUCUCUGCCGACAACUACACUUCCGUUCCUUUCCAGACCAACUUCCGCAGCUUCAACAACGGUGUUGCUACCGAGUACCUGUCUGGCAAGACCAAGAACCCUCUCAUUGUUGCCAAGAACGCUACUCUCCGAUCUGACAAGCGUAUCUUUGACAACGACAAGGCUACCAUGAAGCAGCUUGCUACCAAGGAGGGCUUCAACAAGAUCUGCCCCCAGGUCUUUGCCCGCAUGAUCGACACCGUCCCCGCGAGUGUCAAGCUGACCGAGGUCAUCGAACCCUACGUCAUCAAGCCCUACAUCAACGACUUGUCCCUCGACAGUAAGGGCAAGAUCCAUUUCGCCGGCGCCAUUCGCUAUUUGGUCACCAAGGACGAAGCUAACAAGCCCGACGGGGUUUCCAUCGUCUACCUCGGUCGCGACGGCAAGAAGGUCACUCUUCCUCUCAAGCAGGCCAUGUGGCAGGGUGGUCGAACCCUGGGUAGCUACAACAGCUUCCUCAACUACGAGUUCGACACCACCAUCGACACCAAGAAAGGAAUCACCAAGUUCUGGGUCCAGACGACAAAGAACAACGCCGUCAAGACCCACGAUAAUCAGGGAACCGGUGGCUACCCUGUCGACGACACCGUUCUUUACCAGCAGCAGCAGUCCUGCAUUCAAUGGUCCAAGAUGCCCGGCGCCCAGAUGCGCGUCUCGGCUUUAGUUCGUAAUGAACGAGCCAAGGACCCUCUUACUCUCAACAUUGGUCAGAAGGUUCCCAUCAAGGGUGUUGAUGUGCCUCAAAUUAAGAUGGAAAGUGUCAAGUUCAAGGCUACUGGCAAAAAGUCCAGCGGAUACACUGCUUUCCAGGCCGAGAUCAAGGUUCUUGAUCAGACCUCUCGCUUCGAUAUUGCCCUUGCAGGAAAGACUCCUCCCGGCGUUGCUUUCAAGCCGGUUUUGCCUCUGGAUGAAUGUAAAUAG